GCGUGCCAUUUGAACAAUAGCAAAAUCAAAAGUCUCACUGAUUAUCUGCGUAGCGACUGGGAGAAGUUGGAAAGUUCAGAGGAGUACGAAAUUAUGAAAAAGUAUGCUGCGAACUCGAAACUGUUUUGUUUGGUCUCUUGCUUAUAUUAUUACAUAGCUGGUGGUAUGUUUAUAUUAAUUAGUCUCAUACCUCACAUAAUGAAUGUCGUAUUACCGCUCAAUGAAUCCCGGCCCAUAAUAAUGCCUUAUGAGGCUUAUUACUUCGUGGACAGCGAAAAAUACUUUUUCUACAUUUUGUUCCACGCUUUUGUAAGCGUAGAGAUAUGUUUGACGGCGAUGAUCGCGCACGAUAGCAUGAUUGUGGCUUAUAUCCAGCACGCCUGCAGCGUCUUUGCUGUAGCUGGAUUUCGAUUCCAGACUCUAUCUCGUAACGUUCGUGACAACGCAAUAAAUAUUACUAAUCCGAACGACGUAUAUUAUCAGAACAUCGCUAUCUCAGUGCACGCACAUUGGCGAGCUUUACGAUUUGCGCAGCUUCUUGAAAGCAUCUUCUGCGUCACUUUUGCCGUACAAUUAAUAAUAAUUACCGUUGCGAUGAGCAUUUCUCUGCUACAAAUAAUGUUGCAGUUAAACGAAGUUUUGGAAGUGUUGAGAUGCGCGUCAUUUGUCUUUAAUCAAAUAGUCCACUUGUUCUACUUCAGUGUGCAAGGCCAGAGAUUGAUCGAUCACAGCAUGCAAAUACGCGACAAGAUAUAUAACUCUUCUUGGUACAAUAUACCCCCGAAAUCGCAAAGGCUGCUUCUGCACGUGAUGCUGCGGAGUAUGCAACCGAAUUUUUUGAGCGCUGGCAAGAUGUACAUAUUUUCUCUGAAGAGUUUCACCACGGUGGUACAGACUUCGGUGUCGUAUUUUACCGUAUUUGCGUCCUUCCAGUAAUCGAUGAUUAAUAUGCGAU